UGCGUUUUUUUUUCAUCAUGAAAACAUGCAUACCGCUCUUCGGAUAUAACUACGGCAUUCACGGUAUCGCUCAAAGGUUUCAAAUCCUGUGAUGCUAAUGUAUAUUGGCGCCGGGUAUUAAGACAGAUUCUAGGCGAUUUUCAAGAUGCCAAGUGGAGUUUUGUUUUAUACAGAUCGUGAAGAUAAUCGCUGAUAGGAAUUUAUGGAUACAAUGAAAAACCUGUCUGAAAUAAACAGUGAAGUCCAGGUAUCGGUAUUUUAAUAACUAGUGUAACAUCUGCGGAGGAGGAUAUAUUGCUGUAUUGAUAAAGAAAAAAACUAAAAUACUUCUGAAUAUAAACAGGAAAAUGUGACAAAGUUUGUGAUUUUCGUUUAAAUAAAAACUAGUUGCUGAAAAUGGCAGAGUCAAUCGGAUUUAAAACGUCCGUUAGCUGUCUCCGACCAGGAAUUCCGGAAUCCGACACAGGGGAAAGUGGAGAAGAGUCCGAGCCGACGUACAGACAUUACGACAACUUCGAAACCGACGUAUGUCUCACACAAGACGAGGACGAUGAUGCCGACGACAGCUCCAAUCCAGCGUCUAACGUCGUAGUUGACGUCGGUAAAAACUUAAGCGCCGUCGGAACCGGCGCACCUAGUGUGGGAAUCGUUAAAAAGUUACUGGGCUCAGCCUCAGUCAUCGCUCCAAACCGUACGUCACCGCCGACGGCACCUAAAGUCGACGUCGGCGUAAAUAACGUCAAUCGCGUUGUGAGUAGUGACUCUGAUAGCUGUACGGAAAGCGAACAGACGCUUCCCCAAGGACAGACCACCGACGACACUACAACUAGCACAUCCGAGUCGGAAGAAACACAAAUCUGGGUGCCUGUGAGCAAGCGGCCGUCCGCCAAGCAGCUUGCGGACACGACGACGACGCCUCCGGUGAGCGCCACCUCAUCCAACGGAAGUGACGGCAGCCGACCGCAGAGCUACAUCAUCAAGGCCGGAAGUCCAGGUCCGAAUGGAGUCGGAACAGGGAGCCUUUCAUACAUUGCGGAGCGGGUGGCCCGGCGGGAGUCGCGUUCAGGGAGGGCCGGUUCGAGUGAAAGUGCCCGAAGGGGAUCCAGGGACAGGGACUCUUGGCACACGUUACAGUCAAACCAGCAGUCGUCGGGAGUGCAAAAGAGGGUGUCACCAAGCAAGCCGAUGAGCGCCGUGGGGCUGUUGCGCCAUGACGAAGCGACCGGAACCAUCACACUCGACAUCCGGAACCUGCCCAACGGAGAAAUAGGUCUUGGCGAGGAUGACGAGCACGUGACGCCGGGGAGCGGCGAGGACGCAGGUGUCACAGGAACAGUCAGCUCCCCGAUGGUCCGAUCCCCGCCCCCUCAACGGCGUCCGUCCUCAGACUUUGCACGAAUGGGGUUCGGUGAGAGCCUCUGCGUUCUGGUUAGCGGGCUGUACAUGUUGUGUCUUGUGGUUGCUGGCCUCGUUAUUCCGCUGGCACAAGCUUUUGCAGUUAAAUCAUAUCCGGCACUUUUUGAGGGUUUCUACAUCUACCUGUACAUCCUUAGCAUCGCGUUUCUGACGUACGUUUACACGUACCUUCUACGUAUGCGCACCGUCCCGCGCAAGAGACGCGAACGCACGGUUGUUUCGUCACUUCCGCCAGCAAAGAGACGCAGCCCUCUGGAGAGCAUGGAGGAACCGCAGACGGGCAGCUUCUAUCUCCGGCUUGGAGCUGUCGGGUUCGGAAUAGGUAGCAUGAUCAAGAGCGGUCUCCAUUUCGGAGAGUAUUUCGAGAUGACGUCAUCCUGCAGUCACGUGCUGCACGGGAUCCGCCCCAUCUUGCAUCUGUGUUUUACCUUCACACAGCUAUACUUUGUAUUUCUGAACUCCAAGAUGUGUACCCGUCAGUACAGCUACUUGGCGAGGUUCGGGCUGAUGCACAUGCUGGCCACCAACGUGGCCGUGUGGCUGCAGGAAGUGGUCCGAGAGACGCUCAGGGAACUCGCCACCAACGAAAUGGACAGCUACCGCAUGUUGAACAUCACUGCUGGUCAAGUGCUGUCGAAGGUUGUUGAAGAACCGCCGUGUCACGGGGACUCGCUGAUGGGGGAGGUUGUUGGAAUGGCCAGCUCUUACCUGUAUCCCUGCUCUGUACUUUACAGUGUCGUCUGCGCAUUUAUUCUGUUUGUGAUGUGGCUGAAGCUUGGGCACAAGGAGGGGAAACCGGAACAGGAAGUAGGCGUCUCUAAGUCAGUUGAACGCUCGAGUGUGGAUUGCUCCAACUCCAGCAGAGGGUUGUUUCUCGGCAUCAUCGUUUUCGUGGCAGCUGUUAUUAUCCUUAUAACAUUUUUCGUACUUGUACGUACAGAAAACUUCUUGAACACGGCAGUACGGCUAGAUCAUCUCGGCGAUGUUGCAUUGUUUGUGGUGACAAUUAUAGCCGUGGUGCUAGUGUUUCACCGGACAUACGGACUGAGAUACCCUGAACACGACACAGGACCAGGGUUUGAGGACGCUAUGCUAGUCCUAUCUCUUAUUGGAGUGUACUUGCUGUGUGUUGCAAACAUAAUUGCAGCAAGUCUGACAAUAGAAAAACUUUGCGGCCAUCUUGUUAUACUUUCGAACUCUCUCCGACUCGUCCAAGCCACGGUGCAGACUGUUUACCUACUGUGCACAAUGCGUCGAAGAGUCUGGCGCAGGGAACAGGCGGAGAAAAGGUCCGGAAGAGAAUUUGUAACAUUUUUGCUCAUUUGUAACAUUGCAUUGUGGGGUAUGAACAUUUUUGAGGUCCAAAUGUCGAACGCUAACCCUUUGCAGGAGGAGUUUUAUGGUCACGUGACGUGGAGCAUCAUUACGCAUGCGUCGUUACCAUUGGCGAUAAUGUUUAGAUUCCUGUCCACAGUGUGUCUUGCAAACAUCUGGAAGCAUGCGUGGAGGUUGAAGAUGUAAUAGUUGGACAUUCUAUCGACCCGUUUUACAUGUAUCCUUACAUUACUAUUAUUUAUCUAGUCAUCUAUAAUAUUGUUCAUGUCUAAAUUAUCAUUUUCAUACUUGUAUAUAUAAUUAUAUUUUAUAGCAUAAUAUUUGUACACUUAUAUUUUUAGAAAUUGUUUACAAAGCUAUGCAAAGCCAUGACAUUUGGAUGGAUACUUGUCUUUUAAGUUUUAUAUGCAUGUAAUGUACUUGGAAGGUCCAAAUAAAGUAUUUAUUAAUGUGAUUGUGUGUUUUAACUAUUAUUAUUCUUUAUUAAUAAAUUAUGGGCCGAAUGUUCAGAACUUCGUUAAAGUUAACAGCGUGAUUAACGUGAUCGUUGAA